UAUCAAUGGAGGAGGGAGUUGCUUCUACCUAUCAGAUUCAUUUAGUUUGUGUGUACUAGGGGAAGGUUGGCAUUGCAACUUCCAACCUCCAACAGAGCAAGCCAUGUCUCUCCUUUGUCAUUCUCUUCUGCCACUGCCAUGUUCUCAGUGGAAAUUGAAGCAUGAAGCUAGGUUAUCAUCAUCAUCAAGCUUACGAGGGCGAAGGAUAGGAGGAAGGAGCAGAAGCAUGGCUUUCAAUUCCAACAGCAAUUCACACGGAACUGGGAAUGGGGUUACAGCGUUUUUCUUUAAUCCAGCUCAAGACCCCAUCGUCCAAGAAGCUCUCAAGGAACCAGUAGCAUUCCUGGGUGGCAUGUUUGCCGGUAUUUUAAGGCUUGAUUUAAAUGAGGAGCCUCUGAAGGAAUGGGUUACAAGGACAGUGGAAGCUGCUGGUGUUGAUGAAGAAGAAACAACCACGGAAGGAUCAACAACUGAAGCAGCUCCACAAGAGAUUGUAAUUGAAUAAAACUUGCCACUUUGUAUUUUACAACUUUCAUAUAGGAUCAGCAUGCCAAUAGUACAAUAUGAAUUGGUUUAAUUGGUUAUAAAGUAUAAUCUUAUCGCA